CCUGCCGGCCACCGUAGUGUUUUUAUCAGCCGGUUUACAUGAUCUGGGCAAAGUGCAUCAACUAAAGAAGAAGAAGAAGAAGAAGGCAAAGUGCAUCCUGCAUGUUGUGUAUUUUCACAAACGGCUGAUCUGCAUCCAUUCAAAUUAACUCUGGAAUAGACUCUAAUAAAAGGGAUGACGAAAGGAAAGACUAAGUGGAAGGUGUUUUUGGAGGUUGUAAGUGUUCUGCAAGCGGUAUCAACCUUUCUCUUCUUAGGAGUGGCCUGCACCCUCUUGAUGUUUUACCUCAUGUUCACCUCUCUGUGGCCGAUCCCCACGCUGUACUUCGUCUGGCAGGUGGUGGACUGGCACACCCCUGAGAGAGGGGGCAGGAAAACAACAUUUGUGCGGAACUGGAGGGUCUGGGAGCACCUCAGGGACUUUUUCCCAAUCAAAUUGGUGAAGACAGCCGAGCUGAAUCCAAACAAGAACUACGUUGUUGGUAUUCACCCGCACGGCAUCAUGGGUUUCGGGGCGUUCACCUGCUUCAGCACCGAGAGCUGCGGCUUCACGGAGCUGUUUCCUGGGCUGAGAUACAACCUGUUGGUGCUGGUCGGCCUUUUUAGGCUUCCUGUCUUCAGGGAAUAUGCCAUGUUUCUAGGUCUUCUUCCAGUCAGCAAAAAGAGCCUCACGCACCUCCUCACCAACAAAGGGAAGGGGAAUGCAGUGGUGAUCGUGAUCGGAGGCGCUGCGGAGUCGCUGGCCUCGGCUCCUGGAGUCAACAUCGUGGUGAUGAGGAAGAGGAAGGGCUUCGUCAGGGUGGCCCUGGAGUUUGGGGCUGAUCUGGUGCCAGCUUACGCAUUUGGGGAGAACGAGCUCUUUAAGCAGGUGGUUUUCUCAGAAGGCAGCCUUGGGCGGAGGUUACAGGACCUGUUUAAAAAGAUCAUGGGUUUCGCCCCGUGUGUAUUCGUUGGAGAGCACAUGGGUAUCCUGCCCUACAGGAUUCCCAUCACUACUGUUGUGGGAAGUCCAAUCUCAGUGCCGAAGCACAUCAAAGCCAGCGAGGAGGAGGUGGACCACUUUCAUAAGCUUUACAUGGAGGCCCUCUCCAAGUUAUUCCAUGAACACAAGGUCAGCUGUGGACUCUCUGCAAACCACGAGCUUCGGAUCAUCUAGAAAAUUAACUUUAAAUUGAAAUGUAAUUGCUGUUUUUAUUUGCUGCUUUUGUGUGAAACCGAUACUCUUAAACAACAUUGAUCCUGCAGGUGUUUUUGUUCAUCCUGUGAAUGUAUGACUGUAGCUUUUAAAGAUAUCAUGUGAAUAUGUGCCUUUGAUUAUUCAAAUGUGAAGUCCAUUAAGGACUGCAGAUUAAAAUGACCUCAAAUCUGGCAUAAUUCAUCUCUUCUCUUUUCUGAGAUUAAUGUAUUUGUAUUCAUGGUCCGUCCUUGUUGAAAUAAAUACAUAAUAUCUGA